UCAUGCUGCUGCCAGGUCCAGAGUCUCUCAUGGGUCCCUGUACGGCCUCCCAUUGCUGCUGUCUCCAUCGCCACACUCUGCCAUGUGCCACUUUCAGGUCUCCUCACACUGCUGGUGUGUUCCAUUUUUUGUCAUAGGGUGCUGGCAGAUUACGGGCCUCCCAUAGCUGCUGCCAGGCCCCUAAUCUGCCAUGGGCCCCUAUACCGCCUCCUCAUGCUGCUGCCAAGUCCAGAGUCUCUCAUGGGUCCCUGUACGGCCUCCCAUUGCUGCUGUCUCCAUCGCCACACUCUGCCAUGUGCCACUUUCAGGUCUCCUCACACUGCUGGUGUGUUCCAUUUU